AUUUUGUACUUUUUAAAUCUCAAAAUGAUAGCCAAACCAGGGUCAAGUUACCAACAUUCAUGCUUAGCCACUUCAAUUGUGAGUUAGUCUGAUCAUAAACAUCUCUCUCUCUCUCUCUCAUUUGGGUAUUCUACAAUAUGGAGAGAAGAAUUUGCUCGUUUUUAAUAGCUACCCUGCAUAUAAUGAGCUGGGUAUUUUCAAGCUGUCCAUUUGCAGCGUGUGAUAGUUCUCAUGAAGAAGGGUAUAUCUUCCACUCCCCACAAAUUGUGUUCGAGUCAAAAAAGGGUCCUGAAAGCAUGGAAAGAGUUCAUAGGAACGAGGAGGCACAUAAAGGUGUGAGCAGCCUAGGGCUUGGGUCAAGCCCACCAAAGUGUGAGCACAAGUGUAGAGGUUGCAAACCAUGUAAUGCCAUUCAGGUCCCAACAACCACUGAUCAUUUGGGCCUCCACUAUGCAAAUUAUGAGCCUGAGGGAUGGAAAUGCAAGUGUGGCACUUCUUUCUUUAACCCAUAAAAUCUCACCAAACCAUAAUAGAGAAGUAAUUCUAAGAAAAUGUGUUUUUUUUUUUUUUACCAAGAAAAUGUGUAUUUUUGAUGGGGUUGUUCAUAGUUGGCUAGAACAUGGAGUUUAUGAGCUUUGAAGGACUUCCACUUUGAUUUUUUUUUUUUCCCCUUCAAUUCAUCAAAUUGCACAAGUUUAAACUAACAAUUUUGAAUAUUAGAAAACAAGAGUGGCAACUUCAUGGAAAAGACAUUAGGAUUAAUCUUUUAGAUGAGUUUCAGUGGUUAAAUCUGGAUGUGUGCUUGAGAUUUUGGAUUUCAAUACAAGGGCUGCCAUUUUAUACAAAUUAUGUCAAAGGUUAAAUAUAUAUGCAAAUCACCCCCUUCAUCAGAUAAUUUCAAUCGCACAUCACAAAUAUUCUCAGUUCACACCAUUUAUUUGUGGGAAU